AUGGGCGUAGUACUGUCCAGAGUGAAUAACAGUUGUAGCGCGGCCUCCGGAGAGCCUGUCAACGCAUUCCAAACAGUGAGCAGAGAGUUCAACAGCACUGACAGCGACCAUUCCUCCAUCAUACCUAUCCAGAACAAAGUGCUGUAUGAGCCAGAGGAGGUGCUAGUUCCUGCUCUUCCACAAACAGCUUGUGUAGAGCGAGGCUACAUCACCCCGCAGCAAGUGUACAACCUGCUGAACGCUGAGGAAGGCCAGCCCGCCUUGUACGAUCCCUACUACAUCCUCAUCCUGGACUGUCGCAGUGCAGAGAGGUACAAGGACAGCCACGUGGUAACGGCGCGGGCCGCUGUGACGGUGAUCCACCCUGAGCUGGGCUGUCUGAUCAGCUGCAUUGAGCUGCAGAAAUAUUCUAUAAUACUGCUGUACGCUGAAGAAGGAUGCAGCCCAGUGGGCAGUGUUAAGGCCAGGGCAGACUCCCCAGACCUCCAGCGCUGCUUUUUCCAGCUCAGCGGUUUGGGAAUGGACCCUGUGAUCCUGCUGGGGGGAUUCUCAGCCUUCCAUGCCCUCUACCCUUUCCUCUGCACACCACGCAUGGUCCUGGUUGAACCUGAGCGGCAAACCCUCACCAUCUACCCCUCAGAGAUCCUGGAAGAGGCUCUCUACCAGGGCUCUGCCUCCCAGGCCUCUGACUACCGCAUCAUCAAGAACCUACACAUCACACACGUGGUCAACGCCACUGCCAACAGCCCCGACGCCUUCCCCAACACCCUGUGCUACUUGAGGCUACGUCUCAGCGACGACUCCCAGCAGGACCUGGUGGAGGCUCUGCCGCUGGCCUCCAGGUUCAUCAGCGCAGCGCUGAGGGGCGAGCCUGCAGGCCGCGUCCUGGUCCACUGCAGCAUGGGCAGGAGUCGCAGCUCCGCGCUCACGCUGGCCUUCCUCAUGGAGCAUCGACAGUGGUCGCUGCUUCACGCCCUGCGCUGGCUGAAGGAAAGGAGGGCAUGCACAGCGCCCAACGUGAACUUCCUGCGUCAGCUGCUGACCUACGAGGAGCAGCUGUUUGGGAGCAGACUCACCUCCCUGGAUGACAUCCGGCGAUGA